AUGGGAGUCAUUCCAGCGGAGGAAUUCCAGAUUGUAACAGCCAUAAAUAUCGCAACUGAUGAGGUUGCAGGCCGUGGUAAGAGCAUAUACAACACCUCGAUAACUUUAGUGGUGAAGAAGCAUGGGAUUCCUGAUCUUACCAUGAUUGAUCUUCCUGGACUCUUGAGAGUGCCUGUCCAUGCCACCGACGAUUUUUCAACUUGUGAAUCCAUUAGGAUGUCGCAGCAAGUGGACAAGACUGGUGAGAGCACACUCGCUGUGGUUACCAAGGCCGAUAAGGAACCCGAAGAGCUUCUCGAGAAGGUUACUGCAAAUGAUGUGAAUAUAGGAUUCGGUUAUGUUUGUGUUCGAAAUCAUGUUGGUGAUGCUUCCCAAGAAGAAGCAAGGAAGGAAGAGGCCGGAUUGUUCGAAACUAAUACACAUUUAUCAAGCAUUGAUAAAUCAAUGGUGGGUGUUCCAGUAGAUUGUGAAAAAAAUAGAGCAAAGCUGAAGGCAAAUGUUUCAGAGCUAGAGAAAAUGCCCGAGGCUUUGAGUUCUAUUGCCGAGGCCACGCAAACUCUUAUGAGGAUCAUUGGAGCAGCUAAAGAAUCCCUCAAGAAGUUUCUCUGGAGAAGGGAAUUUGAUGAAUUCCCUUAUGACAAUACAAAGCACGGAACUGCUCGGUUUGUCGAAAUGCUCAACAAGUUUUCCGAUGACCUUCACAACUGCAAGGAAAGUAAUCUUGCAAAAGACUUUUUAGCAGAAGAGAUCAAGGUUUUGGAAGAUUUUAGAGGAAUCAAAGUAUCAAAUUACCUUCCUUCCUUCGCUGCAAAGCAUUGCUCCGUAUCCUAA